CUGAAAUUAAUUUAUCCUUGAAUGUUUUAUAGCACGUAUUGGUAAAUUGUUCUUGGCCUGGAGGUUUAUUUGUAGAUUUUUCAUUACUGUCUUUAUUUCCAGUAGUUUUCAAGUAUCUUCUUCAUUCAAUAUUGGUAAGUAAUUAUUUUUCUAGAAAUGCAUCCAUUUCAUUGAAGUUUAAAAAUGUAUUGAUAUUAAGUUGUUCAUAAUGUUGCUCUUCAUCUUUUUGUGUCUGAAACUUCUGUUAUUGUGUCCCUUUAUUAAUUCAUACUAGAGUUUAUGUCCUCUUUUUUUUUUUUCUUGGUCAGUUUCACUAGCAGUUUACCUAAAGUUUAUAAACUUUUACCCUUGUGGACCUUGUCUGUUUUAUCUUUCUUUUAUAUAUCAUUAACAUUUUGCCAUUAUUUUUUUUUCCUUCUACUGUCUUUUUUUAUCUUAUUUUUAUAACUUCUUAGGAUGGAUGCUCUACUCAUUAAUUUUCAGUCUUUAAAAAAAAUUGUAACAGACAAGCAUUUUAAACUACGAACUUUCCUCUAAUUAUGUUCCAAAUGCAUUGUACAUGUUUUGGUACAUGAUUCUUUUAUUAUUCUCUAAUUCUAAAUAUUUUCUAACUUCCCUUAUUAGCUCCUCUUUGAACUAUUGGUUAGAUUAUCAACUAUUUGUAAGUUUUCAAAAAAAGUUCCUUUUUGUGACAAUUUCUAGCUUAAUUACACUGUGGCCUGAGACUGUGGUCUACAUUUUAAGAAAAUCCAGUUUUAAGAAAAAUUUGAGACCAAUUUCAUGGGCCAUACAUAGGUUGUCAUUUUUUACAUGACCCAGGAGUACUUGAAAAGAAUGCUUUAUCUCAAACUUUUAAAUAGUGUUGCUCAAAAUCUCUGUAUCUUUAAUUCCAGUUCUAGGACCUAGUCUGCCGUGUCCCUGGAAAAGGCAGGUGAUUCAUGAAGUUUUGAACUGGGUCUUUGUGGUGUUCAAUCUUUGCUCUGGACAGUGUGCUCACCAGAGGGCAGGGCAGUCUCUGGUCCAAAGAGAUGGUGCUGACUUUGUAUUUCAGACCUGAGAUCUUCAACGAGGACAGCCAACCACACAGAGGUAAGAGAGUUUGUUUCCAAGGUUUCUCCAACUUCCAGGAACAUCAGCUCACACUUGUGGCAUUUCUUACCCUGUAUAUUCUAACUCUGGCUGGCAAUGUCAUCAUUGUGACUGUAACCCACAUUGACCAUCACCUCCACACCCCCAUGUACUUCUUUCUAAGUGUCCUCUUAUCAGACACUUUCUACUCCCUGGUCAUCAUCCCUCGCAUGAUUUCCAGCCUUGUAGGUCUGAGCCAAUCCACUUCCCUGGAGGGCUGUGGGGCUCAGCUUUUUUCCUUCCUUGGCUUUGCCCUCACCAACUGCCUCCUAUUGGCAAUAAGGGGGUAUGCUUGCUAUGCGGCCAUCUCACUUUAUUACUCGAUCAUCAUGAACUGGAGGGUCUGUGCCAGGCUGGCAUCCUCAGUCUGUGCCAUGGGGUUCUCACUCUCGCUGGUUCAGGCUGUGGCCAUUUUCAGACUGCCAUGUCGAAAAGAGAAUCACACUUUGGUGAGUGAGUUUACUUUCCAGGGUUUCUCCAGCUUCCAUGAGCACCAGCUCACUCUCUUUAUUAUGUUCUUUGCACUGUACAUGUUAACCUUGGCAGGCAGUAUCAUCAUUAUGACCAUCAUUAGCCUUGAUCAUCACCUCCACACCCCCAUGUACUUCUUCCUCAGCAUGCUGUCAGCUUCAGAGACCAUGUACACACUCAUCAUUAUACCCAAGAUGCUCUGUAACCUCACAGGCCUGAGUCAGCCCAUUUCUUUGGCAGGUUGUGCCACUCAGAUGUUCUUCAUCAUUUUGGCCAUCAACAACUGCUUCCUGCUCACAGCAAUGGGGCACGACUGCUAUGUGGCCAUUUGCAACCCCUUGAGGUACUCUGUCAUCGUGAACAAGAGGGUGUGCAUCCAGCUGGUGUGGGAGGCCUGCAGCUUUGGGCUGGUUGUAGCCAUGACACAGGUUACAUCUGCAUUCAGGUUAUCUUUCUGUGCUACAAAGUUGGCCCACUUCAUCUGUGACAUCUGACCUGUGAUGAAGCUCUCCUGCACUGACAUGACUGUCAAUGAGAUCCUGACUUUAAUCAUCAGUAUCCUGGUGAUCCUGGUUCCCAUGGGAUUGGUUUUCAUUUCCUACAUCCUCAUCAUCUCCACCACCCUUAAAAUUGCCUCUGCUAAGGGCCAGAAGAAGGCCUUUGCCACGUGUGCUUCCCACCUCACUGUGGUCAUGGUCCACUAUGGCUGUGCCUCCGUUGUCUACCCCAAGCCCAAGUCAGAGAACACCAAGGAUCAGGGUCAGCUGAUCUCAGUGACUUACACCAUCAUCACCCCUCUACUGAACCCUGUGGUGUACGCUCUGAGGAACAAAGAGGUCAAGGAUGCUCUGCUCCGGGCCACUGGCAGGAAGCUUUCCUGA